AUGACGAGGCGCCGUGGUGCCGGGGACACACCUGCACAUCUCCUUGGCUGGGAGACCCCCCCUUCUCUGAUGGGCUGUCUUGUGCCUUGGGAACAUUCUUCUCCAUAUUACAAUUUCCCCAAGAGCAGAGUCCCCAACAUCUCCGGGACCAGCGAGGGUACAGAACUUCAGCACAGGACUGGUGGAGAUGGAAAGCAGCAUGAGCUGCAGACACUGACCCUCAGCAUCUCAUAUCACGCUCAGACUUCGGCACUCCGGCGCCCGGCCCCAGCACCAUCGCGCCGUCUGACAGCGGCUGGGCGGCGGCCGGGGGCAGCGGGGGCGGCCCCGGGGCUCGCGGAGAGCCGGGCGGGGGCUCGCCCAGUCACCGGCGGGAGGCGGAGCCGGCGGGGCCGUGGCGGCGGCAGGUGUCCGCGGCGCUGGCGGCGGGAUGGUGGCGGCGGCCGGCGCGGGGCCGUAGGGCGGCGGCGGGACCGGCAGCGGGGUGGCGGUGGGGGCGCCAUGGGCGGCGGCGGUGGCGGCCCCCCGCGCCGCGGCGCGCCGCGGAAGCUGCUGGCGGUGCUGGCGGUGCUCGCGGCCACGGUGGCGGAGGCGCGGGGCACUGCGGGGAGUCAAGCGCCCGGCGCGGCGGCGAUGGGUACCGGCACCCCGCCGAGCCCCAGCGGCACCGCCUUCGAGGAGACGCGGCUGCACGUCUUCACCUUGGACUACCCCCACGUGCAGAUCCCCUUCGAGAUCACCCUCUGGAUCCUGCUCGCCUCCCUCGCCAAGAUCGGCUUCCAUCUCUAUCACAAGUUGCCCUCAAUAGUACCUGAAAGCUGUCUCCUUAUUCUGGUUGGAUUGCUUCUUGGAGGGAUUAUUUUUGGAGCAGAGGAGAAGUCCCCACCUGUAAUGAACAGUGAUGUGUUUUUCUUAUAUCUCCUACCACCAAUUGUACUCGAUGCUGGAUAUUUCAUGCCAACUCGUCUUUUCUUUGAGAACUUUGGUACUAUAUUCUGGUAUGCCGUGGUGGGCACUCUUUGGAAUGCCAUUGGCAUUGGAAUUUCACUUUUUGGAAUUUGCCAAAUCAGUGCAUUUGGUUUGACUGAUAUCACCUUGCUGCAGAAUUUGCUCUUUGGCAGCCUUAUUUCAGCUGUGGAUCCUGUGGCAGUACUGGCUGUGUUUGAAAAUAUCCAUGUCAAUGAGCAGCUCUACAUCCUGGUGUUUGGAGAAUCGUUGCUGAAUGAUGCUAUAACUGUGGUCCUGUACAAUUUGUUCAAGUCUUUCUGCCAGAUGCGCACAAUUCAGGUUAUUGACAUAUUCGCUGGGAUUGCUAACUUCUUUAUAGUGGGGAUCGGUGGAGUAUUGAUUGGAAUCCUUUUGGGAUUUGUAGCAGCCUUUACCACCCGUUUCACCCAUAAAAUCCGAGUGAUUGAGCCACUUUUUGUCUUCCUGUACAGUUACUUGUCAUACAUAACAGCUGAAAUGUUUCAUCUCUCGGGCAUCAUGGCAAUUACAGCUUGUGCCAUGACCAUGAAUAAAUAUGUGGAGGAAAAUGUUUCCCAAAAAUCCUAUACAACAAUAAAAUAUUUCAUGAAGAUGUUGAGCAGUGUCAGUGAGACCCUGAUCUUCAUUUUCAUGGGAGUGUCUACAGUUGGAAAGAACCAUGAGUGGAACUGGGCCUUUGUUAGCUUCACUCUCCUGUUCUGUUUAAUCUGGAGGGCACUGGGUGUUUUUGUUCUGACUCAGAUCAUUAACGUGUUCCGGACAAUACCUCUCACUUUUAAGGACCAAUUUAUUAUUGCCUAUGGAGGCCUUCGAGGAGCUAUUUGCUUUUCACUUGUAUUUCUGCUUCCUCCUUCUGUGUUCCCCAGGAAGAAAUUGUUCAUCACUGCUGUUAUCGUGGUGAUAUUUUUUACCGUUUUUAUUCAGGGAAUAACAAUUCGUCCGUUGGUGGAGUUUCUUGAUGUCAAAAGGUCAAAUAAAAAGCAGCCUGCUGUCAGCGAAGAAAUUUACAACAGGUUCUUUGAUCACGUGAAGACAGGAAUUGAAGAUGUGUGUGGACAUUGGGGUCACAACUUCUGGAGAGAUAAGUUUAAAAAGUUUGACAAUAAAUACCUGCGAAGACUUCUCAUCCGGGAGAACCAGCCCAAAUCCAGCAUUGUUUCUUUGUACAAGAAGCUGGAAAUAAAGCAUGCCAUCGAGAUGGCAGAGAGUGGCAUGAUAAGCAAGGUGCCUUCAUCAGUGUCUCUCAGUGAAUAUCAUGAAGGGAAAAUAAAGCCACUCUCCCCCACUGAGAUGGAAAACAUGCGGGAAAUACUAACAAAGAAUCUCUACCAAAUACGUCAUCGAACCAUGUCAUAUAACCGACAUAGCCUGGCUGCAGAUGCAAAUGAGAAGCAGGCCAAAGAAAUUCUGAUCCGUCGCCGACACAGCCUUAGGGAGAGCCUGCGGAAAACUAACAGCCUGUCAAGAGAAAGACCGGCUGCUGCAAAUACAAAAAGAUUUCUUUCACUUCCUAAAAACACUAAGCUCCCAGAGAAACUACGUGUGAGAAACAAAACAUCUUCCAGAGUGGGUGACAGCAGUGACUCUGAAAUGGAUGCCACUACUACAGUGCUCAAUUUAAGACCCAGAGCAGGAAAAAUCUUGAGAGAGCAGAGACUGAGACAGCAGCGGCCACCCUCUGAGUUUAGCAUGGAGUGGAAGAAUGAAGUUGAUGGAAGCCAGAAUGGACAAGGAGAGCAGCAGGAGCCAGGCAGCCUGCCUCAGCCAUCCAUUGGGUUCAGGCAGCCGCUGCUGACAAGACCAAGAUUUGGCACUUUGAGCAGGGAAGAUUUGACUGCAGACCAUGGGUUGGCAAGACCUGUGCCACCACCACGAUUAGUUAGGCAGGCAUCACAAGGGGAAAGGCAGAGAAGUAAGCCUGAGAACCAGCCAUACUGAACAUAGCAAAGAUUGAACUGUUGAUAUCAAACCGUGGAUGUACCAAAUUCAGAUUCUAAACUAUCUGAUCAGACGACGGGAUCCAUUAAAGAGAAGACAAACUUCAAUGUGGAUCUAAGCAUUUCCAUUUGGGUAAAGCCAAUGCCAUUAACUAAGUGAAAGGAAUACUGCAGCAAUUGCAAAACUGAAGACAUAAAAAAAAAAAUCUAUUUUAUAGAUAACUUAUGGCAAUGCUUUGAUUACAUUAUUUCCACUAUUAAAUAGGAUGGAAAUGUGCCUUAUCACAUCAUCUCGUGGAACCAAAUCAUGCAGGCUCAAUACCCAACUAUCCAGUGAAAAUCACUGCUGAAAGUCCAGUGAUGAAGGGAUUCUUUGCAGAAAUCUGUGUCAUUUCAGAUUUUAUUUAUGAUCAAAUGAUAUUUGUUUUGACCAGAGCAUUAAUAUGAGUAACACUGAAAAUUGCACAAUGCACCUAUCAUAUAGACUUUGUAAGAAGCAUAAAUAUAUUCCUGAAGCCCAAUUUGUUUGAAGAGCCAUGAUGUGGAAAAGAGGAAGAAGAGAAGGAACAAGCUAUAGGAGGAGAAUUGCAUGUACAGUUCAUAGAAGUUGCAACAAAGACAAGACCUGAAUAGCUUGAACUUUUAGUUUCUGAAUUUUUGCCAAUAUGUAGCUUUUAAAACAGUACUGAAAAUCACCAAGGGAAAUCUAAAUGACUUUGAUUGUCACUAAUGUCAGUAAGAGCUGAGGGUACCUAAAGGUAUACCAGAAGCCCUAAAAUAGGAAACUUCAGGUAGAUGACUAGUUCUCCUGUUCAAGAUUGCUUUUUGCACCUUAGCAUCUUUGCAGUGCAAACAUGGCAGUAGAAUAGUUGUGGAGCUCUGCACAUAGAAAACUGAGUGGUGUCCUGUUUGAGUCAGGGACCACUGAGACUCAAGAAAGCUCCUUCCCUCGUGCUUGUGAUCCUAUUUUCUUUUUAUUUCUUCAUCUAUAAAAGGGGAAGGAUAUCCUUUCUUUCUCUCCCACUGAUUUGUUUGUACAGAAAAGUAGCACUCCAGGGGCUCUGGAAUCAGUUGCAGUCACUGUGCACCUUAAUAGCGCUCAUAAGAAACGCAGACUUUCUUCAUCCCAGCAUAAAUAGCAGUCACUUAAGAACACAUGGGUAGGAAGGAUGCAUUAAAAUAAAUGAUACUUAAUAGGUCUCAGGAAUUUGCACUUUCUGUCCCACUUUAUCCUAAGUUUUGAGCUUGCUUCAGCACAGAUACACAUUUCAGCACAAUGCAAAAAUCAUUUUAAUUCUUCUUGUUACAAGAUUCGUAACUUUCAUUUGAGAAUGUACACUGUGAAAUCAUAAUUUUUCAUUAGCACAUUUCUAAAUCUGUGGGCAAUAAGAUUCACUUUUUUAUUUAAGCUUCUUUUGAGAGGACUAUUAAAAAUCAGAAUUUGCUUUUAAAAUCACAAGGUAGAUUUCUUUGAAAAAAUUUGUGGGCAGGGAUGGUAAAUGAGCUUAAAAAGGGAUGAUGACUUAACAGCUAUUCCAAGAUAUUCGUUUCAUGUACGUAUUUGAAAUGCCAAACUUGCCUAAUGUCUUUUAUUGGCUCAUGUCUUUUAAUUGUUUUACUAUGUUCCAAGUAUGUAAUUUCUGCCAAAUGCAAACUUUAAGCUGUGGAGAGAUGGCUAGGUCAACCCUAGGAAUCUUGGUCAGAUAUUCAUGGCUAUUCUCAAAAAAAAUUUGUGGAAAGCGUUACUUAUCUACCCUUUAAUGGUCACCUCCUGUUUGGGAAUAAAACUGGGCUCAAACAAGCUAAUAAGCUUUAAAAUCAAAUGUGAUUGUCUUUCUACAUGGAAAAUAUGUUUCAGCUGUAAAGUUGUCAGCAAGCACUUUGUCACUAUGUUACUGACAGAAUGAUUGAAUAAGAAAGAGGCCUUGAAUUUGGAUUUCGUUAUUGAAACUUCUUUGCAGAUUGGACUGUUUAGGUUAGGUGUUUUAUAGCAGACCCACCUGAAAUCUGACCAAAUAAAUAUGAAAUGUUGCACAUCAACCUUCAGUUAGUUCCCUGCAGAGCUUCUCCUUCAUGCGCUGUUAAUGAUAAAUUGACUUGUGUCUGGGGAAAGAUGUCUUAUUUUAAGAAUUGAAUUUGUUGGAUUUGUUGGCAUAAUUUUAAGCAGUGAAUGCGGGUUUCAGGAACCUGACAGCUUUGCUUGUCGCCCGUUAAUGCAGCAUGUGCUUGGAUCAUUGCUACUUAAACUAGGUUCUCCAUAGCAAAAGCACAAAGUUGGAGGAUGUUUGAUGUAAUAGGGUCCUAAGCUCUUCAUGCUUCAAAACACACCAAUAUUUUGUUACUUUUUCAAAACACUUUGAAAGCCACAGAAGAUGAGCAGUAAGGCAAAUCUCCAGGAUGGUUACACUGUGAAGCAGAAUCACGGGUCUCCUGAGACUUGCACUCCUCCCAGGUACUCUCUCCCUUCCCCUCUGCUGCUUAUCACACCCUUUUCAGGCUCUUUUCUGCAGCUGCUGGUCCAGAGUUAGUCACCUACAGAAGCUGCUUCCCUGGGCAUUUGAAUUUCAGUAACAAAGAGAACAGCAAGUGAUAUAGGCUAUGUCCCAGGUAGUCCAUCUCAUUCAGCUCUUGCUCUCAUUUAAAUCUCAUGUUUGAAGUUUGUCUCUUCCUUAUUCUUUUACUUCCCUGCAAAAGGAAAACAAAUUCAGUAGCACUUCUGGCUCUUCCUAAAGUGUCCAUCAAGCUUCAGCUUGUGGAGGAGAUUUUUCCUUAAGGUUGUAGCAAAGAAAAGUUUUCCUGCUAGAGAACGAGAUGCCCAAUAAAUCUGUCCUUGAGCACCAUCUGAUGGGGAAAAUCAUGUAUUGACUGGGAACGUUUUUUGCUUUGGAAAAACACAUCUUCAGCAGUGACUGGGACAUUUGCCAAAUCCACAGGGGUUGUUUUUUUUUGUUGUUUCCAGAUGGACUCCUCAGUGAAAUCUGUAUUAUCAAUAUUUUACUGCCUUUUAAAUGCCCAGCUGUCCAGUUUUAGGGAUGAGAAUGUAGAGAAUACAUUGUGUAAGCCCUUUCUGAGAUUCUGAAAUUCAGCUGCUGAAUUUGAAAUUGGAAGUAAUUAGGAUAAGAAAAGUGGCAAAGCAAAGGCUAGAGUGUAGACAGACACCAGCUACCUAUUAUAACCAGAUAUCUGACAAUGAAAGCAACAAUAAUUUGCUGUAAGAGACCAGAUUUUAAGGGCUUUGCUACCUGGUACUAAAGUGUAAUGCAAGGGCCACUGAAAGCACAGGUAUUUUGUUAAAUAAGACCAUGCUGCCUAACAAUCUAGCAACUUGAGAACAUCCUCUGUUGAAGCUGCAUAUAAAUAACAUAGGGGAACAAACUAGGUUGAAAAUUUGGCCAAAAUAACAUGCUAUUCUGCAUGCUAUUCUGAAUAGUGCCUUAAGAUCUCUGGAAGUAAACACAGUGCAUCAGCUUUUUCAAGAGAUGCCAAGUUCAUCAGAUCCAAACACCAGCAACAUUUUAAGGCUGACACUGCAAGUAGUUUUUCAGCUGGUCACCAUUCUCAGAAUUGUUCUGCCAACUUCUCUCGGCUUCUGAAGAGAAGAUGAAAGAUCUUGAAAUCAGCUAGAGGAAUGCAUUUUGUACUUCAAGAGCUCUGAUUCUAUAAAACUGUGCUUUUGAACAUGCUUACAGCACAGCUAUGCUGGCUGUGUUUUAAUACUAUAUACAAUGUAUAGUAACACUACUAUACACCGUGCCAGCCAGGCCAACAAUAGACUGGAGGAGUAGCCUGGCAAAUAAAAUGCAGGAGGUAUCAAGUCCAGGCAGUAGAAAGAGGAUCUGCUAUAGGACACAAUAGAGAGGUAAGUCAUAGGCUACCUAACUCACCUUAUUCAGGUGCUAUUUAAAUUCUGGAGAGAAAGGACUAACAGUCCUAAAGUGAUUUAGCAUACUAUGAUGUAAUUUGUACUUUCUAGAUAAAGCUGUAGCUGUGCUUGACACUGUCAAUUGUGUGAACCACCAUGAGGAAGCUGUCUUAGGACACUCAAAAGGUUUAAUAUCCCUCUUGGCUUGUUAGAUGGCCAGUUAAACAGGAAGCUACUUGAAAAAAAACACCAAAAUUGUUAAUAAAAAUAUAUGGCAGCUUCAGCUUGAUUCUCCUGCAAACAUUUACAAAUACCUCAGCAUUUGGAAGCUGAUCAGAUUUGGGUUUGUUAAGUCUCUCUUGGAUACUGUGCUGCACUGCUUGAAAGUUAACUUCAUCAGAAUUCCUCCUGCAGGUGCUAGGCAGUUUUCUAAUAGGACAACACAAUGGGACAUUGGGUUAGCAUCAUUUCUAAGGCAAGUACUGAUGCAUUUCCUGUACAGGCGCACAGGAGAGAUUGUGGAAGCUCUGGAAGCCUCUGUGUCCUGUAACAUUCAACAGGAUAUCAGUGAGUAAACACAGGAGGGAAUACAACAGUUAUGGGGAUUACUCCAUUUCUUUAUCUGAAAUGUGCUGGGCUUUACAUUUGUGUGUUGUGAAUUGAACCCACAUUCUCAUUGCAAAAGGUUUUGUUUCAAGAAGUAAAUUUUGGAAGCAAGAAGGUAAAUUCAUUUUAAAUACUGCAAGUUAUUUCGUUAUUAUUUUACAUCAUUUCCAAAAUCUUCUGUUUACUACAUUUGAGAGAACAGUCCCUGUUCCAAAGCUUUUGUCAGAAAUAACUCCUAGAUGCUAAUAUUGAGUUAAAAAUAACUGAAAAUGUAUCUUAAUUCCUCCUUGUAGGUUGAACUAUGAGGUUUUCAAGGCUUACCUUUUAAAAAAAAAGCUCCCUUAGCUAUUUUAUUUCGCAUAGGGAAGAGAUCUGAGCUCCACUCAAAAUAGGUUGAUUCUCAAAAUUCAGGCCACAAAUAACUGCCUUGCAAGAUUCCUGCACAGCUAUUUGUAAGUGUUCAAAAAGUAUCUGUUGGAGUGUAUGAAACAGUAACCAAAAUGCAAAAUAUAUUUAUUUAUAUAGAAAAUAACAAAUUGAGUAUCUCUCAUAACCCAUCAGUUAUUUUACAGAAAAAUUAUUGCACUGUAUAUGCAGCUCCUUCAGCGUCAGCUGAUCAUGAAGAUAAGUGCUAAAAAAGUGAAAAUUUCAAAUGACAAACAAAACUACAACCAACACAUCUGAGAAAACUAACUCAAAGAGUGAGCAAGGGAAAAAUCUCAUUUUGCAGUUAUUUCAAGGUUGAACUUUCCACCUAAAGACACACACCUUUAGUCCUGGAUCUUUCGUCCUUUGGAAUCUUGAGAUCCCAGAACUGGAUUCAAGAAACUGCUGAGGAAUUCAGUGUAGCCCCAAACAGCUGCAGCUUCUCCUCCCUCAGCUUCAAGGGAGGAGUCACACCUUCUCCUCCAGGGAUGUCACUUACUCAUCUUGCUGAAUUUUAUCAUGGCAACCAAGAGACAACACAAGGGAUUUAAAUGAGGUCUCCACACACUAGGAAUGCUAGCUUUCAGCAUCCCGUCUCAAAACUGGUGAGUUCAUUCUUUGCCUUUCUUUCUUCUUUUCCAUUCACUGUCAGGUGACUUCUUGGUUGAAUCCUAGGGCUCCUUCACCUUUUAUGUGAAAAGUUUAUUAUUG